UGGAGAAACCGCGGUAUCCUUACUUUCUGUGGAGACAUGGCUGCGGCCAGUUUGGGCAGUGUUUGCAGAAAAGUCUUAACCGGGCUGAAAGCUUCUAAGUCGCUAAUAAGUCUUCAGGCCCCACCUAGCACAGGUUGCAGGUUUUCUCUUAGUCUUUUGCCUAAGAAUAUACCAAAUGUCACAUCUUUUCACCAGUGUAGAUUACUUCAUACCACAUUGUCAAGAAAAGGACUGGAAGAAUUUUUUGAUGACCCAAAGAAUUGGGGGGAAGAAAAAGUGAAAUCUGGAGCUUCAUGGACCUGUCAGCAAUUAAGGAAUAAAAGUAAUGAAGAUUUACAUAAACUUUGGUAUGUCCUACUGAAAGAAAGAAACAUGCUCUUAACUUUAGAGCAGGAGGCCAAGCGGCAGAGGUUGCCAAUGCCAAGUCCGGAGCGGUUAGAAAAGGUAAUAGAUUCCAUGGAUGCCUUAGAUAAAGUUGUCCAGGAAAGAGAGGAUGCCCUAAGACUUCUUCAGACUGGUCAAGAAAAAGCUAGACCUGGUGCCUGGAGAAGAGACAUCUUUGGAAGAAUCAUCUGGCACAAGUUCAAACAGUGGCCUAUACCUUGGUACCUAAAUAAAAGAUACAACAGGAAACGAUUCUUUGCAAUGCCCUAUGUGGAACGUUUUAUGAGAUUGAGAAUUGAGAAACAAGCCCGCAUUGAAGCAAGGAAGAAAAGUUUAGAGAAAAAGAAAGAAAAAUUUCUUCAGGAAAAGUUUCCACGUCAUUCUGAAGCCCAGAAGUCAAGUGUUGUCUAAGAUGUCUGAAUUCUGAAGUUACUAUUUUGUUUUCCUUGGAUAACAAUCUAUAUACAAAAGUAAAUAUGUAUUAAGUAAUUUAUAAA